CAAAGUGUCUCCCUAUACAACACAUUCUUUGUUCAAUCUUGUUGCAAAACCGGAAAACAAACACUGACAACAUGGCUGACUGGACAGACGCCGAGAAGAGCACCAUCAGUGCUGUCUGGGGCAAAGUAGAUGUCAAUGAGGUCGGACCACUGGCUCUGGCAAGAGUCCUGAUCGUCUACCCCUGGACUCAGCGUUAUUUCGGCUCUUUCGGAGAUGUGUCCACUCCCGCAGCAAUCAUGGGCAACCCCAAAGUUGCUGCUCACGGCAAGGUCGUGUGUGGAGCUCUGGAUAAAGCUGUGAAGAACAUGGGCAACAUCUUGGCCACAUACAAGUCACUGAGCGAGACCCACGCCAACAAACUCUUCGUCGACCCUGAAAAUUUCAGGGUGUUGGCUGACGUCCUCACAAUUGUCAUUGCCGCCAAGUUCGGAGCUGCUUUCACUCCUGAAAUCCAAGCAACCUGGCAGAAGUUCAUGAAAGUGGUUGUAGCCGCAAUGGGCAGUCGGUACUUCUAAAUGCACCCCAGACAAGUGAUUAUGUUCUGACAUCCCUGCCUGAUUGAAAAUAAAGACAUCGAAACAA